UGCACAGCUUGCCCAGUUAACUUUGAGUUCCAGAACUACACUAUCAUCACCAGCAAGUGCAAAGGGCCACUAUACCCACCCAAUCUGUGCUGCAGCGCCUUCAAAGAAUUUGCUUGUCCUUUUUAUGAUGAGCUGAACGACUUAUCUAACGAAUGUGCUUCAACCAUGUUCAGCUACAUUAACCUCUACGGGAAGUAUCCACCUGGUCUAUUUGCCAGUGAGUGCCGGGAGUCCAAGGAUGGACUUGAUUGCUCUGCAAUGCCACCAUCAUCACUAUCAGAGAAAACAGAGAAAUCUAGUGCCGGUAAGAUAAUAUGUAACCUAUUCUCAAUGCUGAUGCUUAUAACAGCUUCCCUUGUGCUGUUACUGUAAUUUUUGUAUAGCUUUCACGCAUUUUAUUUCUGUCAUCAUGUAUUCUCCCGUUUCUUUGAAACUUUUACCCUUUUGUGUCUUGAGCAAUCAAACCGGUGAAUCAGAUGAGGCUUUUUCAUCAUGUAACUCAAAGAAUAUAUACACACAUUUAUAUUUUUUCAA